UCCUGGUGUGCAUGGCGGUGGACCGCUACAUGUGCAUGCUGCACCCCGUGCGAUACCACAAGCACUCCCGCAAAAAGUAUUUGGCUUUAUUGUGCACCCUACUUUUGGGAGAUGGCCUGAAAAUUCGGCCUGUGAACGUAAAAAGUAGCCUGUAUCCUCCCAACUCGUUUGUUCGUAACCGCACAUACUAUAUCAACACCAAGGUGGGAGCAGUGAGGACUGGUUUGAAGCUGCUGGUUCCUCAGGCUAGUUGA